AUGCGGGCACGCCGAUCUGGACAUCUCAACUCAGUCUCGGUUAUUCUUGAUUUUUUGGAAAUGGGCAAUCAGAUCAAGAUCGACACCAUCGAAUUAGAUCGUAAAGAAGUGCCCGAUCAGAAAGCGUUAUUUGGAAGGGUCACUCGUGCCGCGCUGGGACCAACACCAUACGAAGAGCCAGCCCCAUCUCGACAUUCUUCCAACGAUAUCAUCUUGCAAUUCCUUCGAGCAGAAUUCCAAGCAGCAGCAUUGCGCCCUCGAAGAUCAAGGCAUUGUUCGUCAAAGACAGCUUCCCCUCCUCGGCUGGCGCAAACAAACGACUACGACACAAUACCAUCAUGA